AUGUCCACGAAGGAGGAUAUCAUCGAUCGCCCUCCUGAUGGAGGUGCUCUUGCCUGGUCUGUGGUGAUUGGAGCUUGGUGCACCUCCUUCUGUAGCUUUGGAUGGUUGAACAGCGUGGGCAUCUUCCAGGAAUAUUACCAGAGGAACUUACUGAAGCAAUACUCAGCCAGUACCAUCUCUUGGAUACCAUCGCUUCAGGUCUUCUUUAUGUUAGCCUCGGCUCCACCUAUAGGAUUUUUAUAUGACAGAUAUGGCCCACGAUAUAUUGUCUUUGUUGGCACAUUUCUUCAUGUGUUUGGUCUGAUGAUGACCUCUAUAUCAAAAGAAUAUUACCAGAUCCUUCUUUCUCAAGGUGUUUGCAGUGCUAUAGGCGCUGCCGCCAUUUUCCAACCAGCCCUCAGUAGUGUAAGCGGGUGGUUUGAUACGAAGAGGGCAACUGCCUUUGGAAUCUUAUCGACCGGAUCUAGCACUGGGGGUGUCAUCUUCCCAAUCAUGGUGACCCAUCUCAUCGACCAAGUGGGAUAUGGAUGGGCGAUGCGUAUUGCAGCCUUUAUCAUACUAUUCCUACUUGUCAUCGCCAACUUGACCGUCAAGACUAGACUACCCCCACAGCCCCAGGGCAUUACCGCACAAGAUCUUUCUCGUCCCUUGCGCGAACCUCCAUUGGUAACUAUUAUGGGUGCCUAUGCUAUACUUACGUUUGGUGUCUAUAUUCCCAUAAACUACUUGGUGGUUUCAGCGACUGAGCAGGGAAUGUCUGUGGAACUGUCCCAAUAUUUGGUCCCUAUCCUCAACGCAGCGAGUUUCUUCGGACGGUUUGGAACAGGAGUCGUCGCUGAUAGGCUUGGUCGCUAUAACGUGUUCAUCUUCGUCUGUGCUAUGACAGGAAUCCUGAUUUUGGCCCUCUGGAUUCCGGCAUCGAGUAAUGCACCAAGUAUCGUCUUCGCAGCGCUAUUUGGAUUCUCUUCAGGAGCCUAUGUAUCCCUCUCACCCGCACUUAUUGCUCAAAUCUCCCCACUGAAAGAAUUUGGGUAUCGCAACGGUCUCAUGUAUCUCUCAGGCGCCAUCCCGGGUCUCGUCACGAGCCCCAUCGCGGGCGCGAUAUUAGCACGCGACCAUGGCUCGUUUACAGGAGUGAAGAUAUAUGGGGGAGUCUUUUGUCUUGUCGGCACGGUGCUCGUGGUUGUUGCUCGACUUAUGAAGACUGGACCAAAGUUAUUCGCCAAGUUUUAG